AUGCGAAUUCCCCCGAGACACCCCUCAGCCUCCGACCUCCAGACCCCAACUCGGUUCGAAUGGUCCCUUCGCCCGGAACACAGCUGGAUCACAACUGGCGGUGUCCCGGCCCACAGUCCCGGUUCCGCUGGCUCCCCGCACGGAACUCUCAGGGACUGCGCCGCCGGCUCCGGUCGGCCUCUGUCGCCGGCCUCGGCGGGGCGCAGCCCGGGGCGACCCGAGGGUGAGAAGUUGGGUGAGGCUCCAGAAGUGAAGGGGCAGCUCCGGGCUCAGACUGUGUACACACGACCUUUGAAAAGUAAACGCCCGCGGGGCUGGGCGACCUUGGGUGGGACGCGCUCGGGUCCGCCUCGAAGGCGGCGCGCGGCGGCCGGGAGCCCCCAGGACACCUUGGCGUCCGGAGCGUCUCGCCCCUGGGGUACCUACAGCGCGCGUCGCACCCUGCACCUGCACCCCAAGCUCCCCAUCGCCCAGACCGCGCCGCCUUUGGGGCUCCGACAGGGGGUCCCCGGCGCAGCCGCCCCCGACCUACCAGCUCUCGGCGACUGUCGGGGUGCGGGGUCCGGAGUCCGCGCGCCGCCGCCGGCCCCCGGCUCUGCCCCGCGGCCCGGCCCACAGAGCCCGGCUUCCGCAGCUCCCCCACGUGCUUGCCCAGGCAGGUGGAACACAGAGACAUUAAAUACUGAGGACGCGCGGCGACGUGCCCGCGGCGCGACGCAGGCCCCGCCCCUCGCCCUCGUGCCCCCGCGCCCCCGCACCCCCGAGCCCUCCUCGCUCACCAGCGCGUGCGCGCCGCCGGCCUCUCCCGGCAGCGCCUCCGCCGCGCCUCUCCCAGCUGCGCCAAAGGGGCGCGGUCUAAAGUGCUCGGCGAACAUCCCGCCGCCGCCCCGAGCGGGGUUCUGCUCGCGCUCUCGCGAGAGGAGCCAUCAUCUCCUUGAUGCCCGGGAGAGGGGCCGGGCGGGAAGGUCCAGAACUCGGAGGACCCUCAGUAUCCUGCAUCGCAAGCCUAGCACUGGUUCUGCCGCCUUUGCUCUGGGCAGGCUCGAAGGGUCAGCCAGGUCAUCUCCUGCCUCGACGGAGAGCGCCCUGGAAAAGACAGAGGGGCCGACUUUAGUCACACAGCAGCAAUGGGAAGAUUUUCGCUCAAGCAAUCUGACUUGGAGCCCAUGGAUUAACCAACUCACUAUACUGCCACUAGAGGCAAGUCCAGAGACCUUGGGAGCAGUUUAUACAGAAACAGAUCUGUUAUGGGUAGAAUCGUGUCUCUUCAGAAAGAAUGUUGAGGGCCAGGCGCCGUGGCUCACACCUGUAAUCCCAGCACUUUGGGAGGCCAAGGUAGGCAGAUCACCUGAGUUCGGGAGUUCGAGAUCAGCCUGACCAACAUGGAAACCCUGUCUUUACUAAAAAUAUAAAACUUAGCUGGGCAUGGUGGCACAUGCCUGUAAUCCCAGCUACUCAGAAGCCUAAGGCAGGGGAAUCACUUGAACCCGGGAGGUAGAGGUUGCAGUGAGCCGAGAUCAUGCCAUUGCACUCCAGCCUGGGCAACAAGAGCAAAACUCUAUCUCAAAAAAAAAAAAAAAAAAGGUAAAACCCUAACCUUCUGCCCCCAGUACCUCAGAAUGUGACCUUAUGUGGGAACAGAGCUAUUGAAGAUGUAACUAGUUAAGCUGAGGUCAUCCUGGAAUAGAUUAGACCACUACUCCAAUGUGACUGGCAUCCUUAUAAGAAGACAACCAUGUGAAGGCAGGGAGACACAGAGAUAGCACCAUGUGAAGACAGAGAAUUGGGUUAAUGUAUUAUAAGUCAAAGACUGCCAAAUCACCAGCAAACCACCAGAAGCAGGAAAAAGGCAAGGAACCCCUACGGUUUCAGAGCGGGAGCAUGGCCCCACUGCCACCUUGAUUUGGACUUCUUCCCACUAGAACUGUGAUACAGUAAAUUUCUCCUUUCCUUUCUUUGGUGUCCUUAUAUUUUGUGAAAAGAAGAAAAAAUAAAAAAGUAAAAAAAGUAAA